AGAGAUAUGGCGAGGGUAGAAUUAUAGCCCGGGAUCGGUGCGCUCGCGCGAAAAGCUGACGGCCGGGGGUUCGUGGCUGCGUUGCUCUGCGGUCUGUGUUCUAUUGGGUUCAAUAAAUCUUAAUUUAAAGUAAAGUACGUUGAUUGCCGCGGCGAAGUUUGUACGUUGGUUGCUGUGAGGCAUUUUCUGACUGUGGAAGGAAAGCUCACAGACAGACGGGGCGCGCGAUUCAUACAUACAGAUAGAUAGACAGGAACACAGGCAGCAGCAGCAGCAGCAGCGACUUGCCACUUGCCGGCCCGGUCGGCCUGAACGAGUGCGACAUUUUGCGUCGAGUUCUGGAAGAGAUAGCACAUGCCGAAAACAAAAAUGCUCUGUGCGUUGGCGUAUUGCGCGAAGCUAUGCUGUAUUUGACGCGCGAUCCCAAACCACCGUCACCUACGGGCGCUAGCAUGGAUUGUGUGAACGCGAUCGAGUAUUACAUUAACGACUAAGCGCGCGCGCGCGUGUUUGUUGGGACUUAAGUCGCGCGAGGGGAAGUGGAAGAAGAAGAAGAAGAAACCCGCGCAGUUUCUUGGGUCGUUCAGGCCGGUUUCGAACGUCAGCACCUUUUUUGCCCCAACCUCCGAAGAGGGGUACCGCCAGAGAGUGUGCGUAGUGGUGAUAUUUUUUCAUUCAGUUUCAGCUCGCCCGAUGUCGCAGUUGUGCUAGAAAAGAGAGAAUCGCAAGUGAACAUUUCCACCGUCGGAGAAGUGCUAAUCAGUCGCUGAUUGAUCGCUAAAAGUUUGCGCUAAUACAAAAGUGAAGAGAGGUAUCAUGCGCGAGUGGUGCUAAUCUGUGGGGGUAUGAAUUAGCGAAGCAGAACAUCUCAGCUUAGUGGGAGAAGCUCAAAAUUAAGCCAAAGGACGUUUCCAUCGACAGGCCAGCAAACAUUAUCAAAGUGGAGCUGCUACUGAACAAAGUGUUGGAACAACUGUCCCUGAAGCUUUACGCCACUGGUGUGCCAUAUGGAGACGGAAAAUAAGAGUUCGGAAUUCGUCGUUUUUAUGGUCAACAAAAUGCUGAUUGAUAUCGAGAAUACUCUACUGCAAAGCCAUCGACAGCGCGAAACUACCGGAAUUAAGAAGCUCUACAACUCAUUCUUCGUGCUGUUCUAACUGACUCGCGGACACAAGGACCGAAAUCUUGGUGCACGUCCGAUCCGAUUACUUUGUGUGUACUUAGUGUUAUCAUAUGUGAGCGUAUAAAUAUCCAGAAAAAUAUACUAGUGAAAAGUGCAAAUCAAUCUAGAAUAGCAUAAAGUUAAGAUUAGUGCUAACCUCAACAUAUUCAAACCGGGGGGAUGUAAACUGGAAAAUCAAAGCUUCAAACCUGUGAAGAAAAACCUCAACAUCAACGUUGCACCUGAAACAAUUGGAAAAGACCAAACACAACCUCAAAGCGGAAUAUCAUCGACCGUGUAGUGCCGAACCGUGUUAUCGUGUGAUAAGCAAAACUCCGCGAAACAAAUUAAAUUUCUCGUGACACCUUCCCUGUCGAAGAAAGGAAAAUUAAUUUCAACCUGCGUCAUCCGGUGGCAUCCGCCUCCCCCCCGAAAAACAACAUCCAGAUACCGACCGGACAUCAUCUCGA